AAACCCUUCUCUAAUUCUUUGAGGUCCAUUUCAUUACAGUUCCUCAAGCUUCACUCAGAACGAGGAGGUCUCCAAUGGCGUCCUUAAAGACAGUCUCUCGGUUAUCAUCUCGCUUGCAAUCCCUCGCUCCAAAGUUCAACAAAAGAUCUUCAUAUUCUGAGCUAUCUCCAUUCAAAUCCCCUUGUCAAUCUCAGCCCUCCACAGCUUCUACAUCGCGUCUACCUUGCACCUCGCGGUUACCAGUGGAGUUGAGUAGUCAGGGGUCACUGAUGCCAUUGCACAGCGCCAUAGCCGCAGCAAGAUUGAUUUCAAGUCUGACCAUUGAAUCUCAAGGAUGGGGUUUGGUUCCUCAGGGUAUUUCAAUGCCUUUAUGACACGCUUUGCUUUGCAGGAAUGUGUUCUCUGUAGUUUUCUGUUUAUUGACAAUUGGGGCUUCUUUUUACUUCAAGUUCUCUACAUCUACAAGAAUGUAAACCUAAAUCAUCGCCCCUGAUUUUUUUGGUCCUAAAUGUGGAUGAGGUUAAAAGUUAAAUUUCAUCUUGUAAUGAUGAAUGCUUUUUAUGAUUAACAUUUUGAUCUGAAACAUUCAUUUAAGUGAAUUCAACAGAUACUUAUUUGCUGGUAUCUUUAACCAACAAAUAUAUAGCUAGUUAAUGUUGCAAGUGAUUGAUAUACAACUUUCAUGAUUGUUGGAUU